GGUAUUCAACAACAUAACUACAUAGAACAGUAAAUUUAUAUGAGUUUGUUUAUAGUUUAUAUGGAACUCUGGUUUACAUAAGAAUACUUCGAGGAUGAACACGUUAAAGUUAAUUAGAAAUAAUUGGAAGAAGAGCCUCCUCUUAUCAUGUGUAGCUGGAUAUGGAAUAUCCACUGUAAAAACAAACAUAGACAUCAAGCUUUAUAUGAGCCAAUUGUCAAGUGAAGUUUUGCAUAGUCACCAAAAUACAAGUGUACUUCCAAAAAAUGUACUUGUGAUUAUGAACCCGAUUGCCAAAAAGAAAAAGGCCGAAAAUUUGUUCAAAAAAUACUGUGAACCUCUUUUGCAUUUAGCUGGCUUUUCUGUUGAAAUACUACGUACGAAUCACAUAGGACACGCCAAAACAUAUGUGGAGGAAAUGAAUACUUUACCAGACGUUAUAGUUGUAGCCGGCGGAGAUGGUACAAAGUCUGAGGUAGUUACCGGCCUCUUGCGUCGUCACGGCGAAAUUUGCCCCGUUUCGCUCCUUCCACUAGGACGCGAAAAACAAUCUAGCUUUAAUUUCUUUGACAUUGGGAGCAAUCGUGAAUUGGAUUUUGUGAAGGCAUUGUGUAAGGCACUGUUGCCUUUGCUGAAAAACCAAUAUAGAUAUGCCGAUGUCAUUCAGUAUGAUGUUCUCGAUGAAGAUAACACUGAUAACGACGGCAACAGCAACAGUAACAAUUUAAAGCCAAUUUUUGGGAUAAAUGGUUUCUCGUGGGGUCUCUUGAAAGAUAUAGACAAUAUGAAGGAUAAAUAUUGGUAUGUGGGUCCGCUAAGACAUCACUUUGCUGCAUUUUUUCGAUCAUUUUCUGGCAAAUCUAAUUGGGAUGCAGAAACCAAUUAUGUUUACACUCCCCCGUGCCGUGGCUGCAGUAAUUGCUGUGCCGAAGUUGAAGAUCAGCAGGCAAAGGGCUUUUUUUUGAGCAAACUCGUAAAACAACAAAAUGUAAGCCGAACCGCAGCGCAAAAACUAAUUAAGAACGAUAGUUGCGCUACGAAACUUCAUGGUUGCAUUAAAUCCAAUCAAGUUAACAUUAAUCUUAGUCAGAAUGAUGAGAAUUUUUCGGAACUGGAAAGUAAAUUUAUUGACUCCUUGCAGCCCGGAUGGAAUUUUAUAAAGAAUAUACCCAAAAUUACAAAUAAAACUUUAGAGCCUAAUUUGAUACUUAAGAGUAGAACUAUCAAACUCUAUCCGUCAGUGGGUACAGAACCAAUUUUCUAUUCUAUAGAUGGAGAGGAAUACGAACCGCGACCCAUUCAAGUAUCAAUUGUUCCUAAUGCUAUUAAAGUUUUCUGUUAAACUAAAUUCAACCGU